AGAAUAGAAACGACUUGACAGAAACACUUGUGUUUUUCUCUUACGAUUUUUUUCUCUUUUGUGGAAUUCCUUCAUCUCUUCAACAAUUCGUAUCUGCUUAUUUAUCAACGGCUAUCUCAAUAAAUCAAGUCUUUUUCUAAUUCUUUUUCAUCUUCCGUAAUUUGGUUAUCAUAUUGAACAAUCCCAUUGAAGGUACGUAAACUUUAUUAUGAAUAGCAAAAUUGAUGAGUUUAUAUUAAUCUAACAUGUGUUUCUUGUUUGGUUGCAUUUGAAUUGUAUGUAAAAUUGAUGAGUUUACAUUAAUCUGACAUAUGUUUCUUGUUUGGUUGCAUUUAAUUGGGUGUAAUUUAGUUAAAUUUGUUUUUCAUAAUCUUAUUAAUGAAUCAUGAAUUGCAAUUUCGUUCAAAGGAAUGUCCAAUCUGGUUCAACGGCCGGUUCAUAUUAAUGAACCGGAUCAUGAACCGGAUCAAUACAGUAUAGUAUUAUUUCGGGCUGGUUUGAUGACCGGUUCAAUAACAUGAACCGGUUAUCAAACCGGAUUAGGAUAUAACACAAUUUUUAAUUUUUUUCCAAUAAUAACUUUUCUCCAAUAAUAAAUUUUAUUAAACAUUAUAUUUUUUUUAAUAAAACUAAUUAAUUGUAAUUUUUUGUUUUAGAAUUUGUUUUAUAAUGGACAAGACUUGGAUAUACGAAAGUGAUAGAUUGAGCGCAAAAUAUUUACAAGGGAUUGAAUAUUUUUUUGAAUUUGCCUUGAAGUCUUCGGAGGAUGGGCUACUUGCAUGUCCAUGUAAUGAAUGUGUUAAUGUAUUCCGAUUUGAUCGAAAUAUUGUCAUGGAUCAUCUUCUUAGUAAAGGAUUUUCUCGAGGUUAUACUCGUUGGUAUUUCCAUGGGGAAUUGUUACCGUCAACAACUUUCGAGUCACAAUUCAAGGAAUCAAGUUCAAAUGCACAAGAAAAUGUAAACAAAUACAUUCAAGAUAUGGCCUUAGGGUAUGCGAAUAUGGGAGAAACUUCUCAUAAUAGAGAAUUUGAGGAAAAUUUCAAUUUGAGUGGAGAUCAAAAUAAUCAGCCCCAAUGUGAUGUAUUGAGCGAAGAAGCUAAAAAGUUUUAUGGAUUUUUACAAGAAAAUGAUGAAAAGCUUUUUGAGGGAUGUCGAAAACAUAGCAAAUUGUCAUUUAUUUUAGACCUUUAUCAUAAAAAAUGCAUGGGAGGGUGGAGUAAUGCUUCUUUUCAAGGGCUACUUGAUGAGUUAAGAAGUACAUUUCCCGAGGGUGAAAAUCUACCAAAGUCGGCUUAUGAAGUGAAAAAACUCAUUAGCAAAUUAGGACUUGGGUAUAAAAAGAUAGACGUUUGUCCUAAUAAUUGUAUGUUGUUUUGGAAGGAAGAUGUGGAUAAGCAACGAUGUUCGUUCUGCAAUGCUAGUAGAUGGCAUGACGAUGAAGAUGAAAUUUCACAUAAAAAAAGAAAGACAAAGAGAAAAUCAAAGAAGGUGUUGAGGUAUCAAAUAGGUUUCCUCAUUCUGGUAUUUAAGGAUACAAGUAGCUAUGAUGGAAUUCGUGCAUAAUAUUUGGACUUUAUUUUCAUUUUAUGUGAUAUUUAGACUAUGUUAUUUGGAUAUU